UUGCCAGGUGUUCUUUCUCCCUCUGCUCGUGAGAAUCGUGACGAUUCCUCAUUCUUUUCGUCCUCUGACACAAGUCAGAAUAAUGGUGAUGACGAAAUUGAAGGAUUUCUUUGUCCAAUAUGCAUGGUACACUACAAUUCUCCUGAGUCAUUGUCAGAACAUUUUGAAGAGGCUCAUAACAAAGAAACUUCAUUGGUUAAUCCAAAUUUUGAUAAUGCAACCAUCAUCUCUUCUCUAUCUACAGGAACUAGUCCAGGAUCGUUCUCUUCGAAAGACAAGGAAAUUGAAGAGUUGAGGAUCCAGAUUAGAGAGGAACACACGUACGCCGGAAAGCUCAAGGAAGAAUUGGACCGCAUUCAAUCGGUGGUUGCCCAAGCAACCGAUGUUCCGCAUGGAGAAGUGCCUUAUUUGAUGCAACAGAUCCAAGUGCUUGAAGCUGGAAAAAGUAUGGGUGAGUAA